AUGGCUUCAGCUACUGUCAGUUCCCGAGUACGAUGGUCGCCCAUUCAACUUCCACAGCUUCAUGCCUCAAGAGUGAAACAUACUGUCAGGGUAUUUAUGCCCAAACCGGAGACAAGAAGCCUUUCUAUAGCAGAAGUCGGCGGAAACGAGAAGAUUAAGCAGCGAAUAAUAGGGGUUCGGCUUGAUAGCACCAAAAUUCGUGUCAGUCACACUAGGAUUUUCUCCAAACACAAUCCUGAAACAGGCGAGACGGAACAAGGCGACCUACCUGCAGCCUCAGACCCGGCCUCGCCAGCAGGCUCGGCAUCAGGCACGGUGCUAGGCUCGGUGUUGGACUCGGACCCAAGCCAGCGACGCAGUGUGCAGGUGACGUUCACGUGCGGAGCGUGUGGCGCCCGCACCUCACGGCUAGCCAACCCCCUGGCGCUCAAGAAGGGAACAGUUUUCGUGCAGUGUGGCGGCUGCGAGAAGUUUCAUCGAUUAGUGGACAAUCUGGGUCUGAUUGUGGAGUACGAUUUCCGAAACGAGAGUGGUAUCAUGGAUUUUGAGCUGCGGAGGGCGCAGCAGCGAUACGAGAAGGAGCAGCGGGAGAAGCGAGAGGCGGCGCGCGUGAAGGCGGAGAGACAGAGGAAGGCGAAGGAAGAGAUCGAGGCGCGUCGGAGGGCUAUCGAAGAGGCGCAGAGGCUCAAGCGGUUGGAGGAGGCAGCAGCUGCUGAAACUGCUCGGCGUCAAUUAGAGGCCGAUCUGCAAGCAGGAGGCGGUAUCCGCUUUAAUCGCGAGCUGAUUCCCGUCGCUAUAGCGGGCGACCGCGAUAAGAUCACACUCCCUCAGUCGGUGCUGUCGGAUCUCCCGCUCGAGGAGGCCCUCGAUAGAGGACCCAUGCUCUUCGAGCUCUCCGUUCCGCGCGCCGUUGGCGGAAGCGCGGCAGGCGGAAGCGCAACCGGCGGAAGCGCAAUUGGCGGAAGCACGGCUGGCGGAAUGGAGGUUGAUUGGGAGGAAGAGGAUGACGCAGACGAGGGUGAUUCUGCGGUCGAUGUUGAUAUUAACGGGGGCGAUUAUAACGGGAGAAGAGUGAAGCGGAGGGUGACGCACGGAGGCGUUUUGGAGUUUACUGCGCCGGAGGGCUGCGUAGGUCUACCACCUCUUAUACUCCGAAAUCUGGGGUUAUCAGGGAUUAUAGACGUCUUUAAUCCGUCCGGUUCUCCCCCGCCUGUGCGCGUCCGCUUCGUCAAACUCCCUAAAGCCACGUUCGCGCGGCUCCAGCCGCUGCGCCACGGGUUCCUUGCUGACGUGGCGAACCACCGCGCUGUUCUGGAGGCGGCGCUGCGGGGCCAGGCGGCGCUGACACGUGGCGACGUGCUAUUGGUCGGGUCGGAGUUGGGGGAGGUGGCGGUGCGCGUGUGCGAGGUGAAGGGCGUGGGCGGCGCGAGCGGCGCUGCUACAGUGAUUGAUGCUGACGUGGAAAUUGAGCUGUCGCCGUUGGGGAGAAGGUUGUAUCUGGGGGAGGUAGAACUGGAGUUUCGGUUGCAGCUUGAAGGGGGAUCCGCUGAGCUGGCUGCUGACGUGGCACGAGGAGGUGCUGACGUGGCGGAGGAGGAUGCUGACUUGUUCAAUCUCUCUGCGCACUCUAAAGAGUUAAUCUCCUCGGAUCUAGACCCAUCUACGUCUGCUGCUGCUGCUGCUGCUGCUGCUGCUGGUGGUGGUGGUGGUGGUGAUGCUGCCGCUGCUGUGCCUCCCACCGACCAAUCCCGCUGCGCCAACUGUCGCCAGCUCAUCGCCACCCGCACGCUGCCCCUGCACGAGGCCUACUGUUCCCGGCACAACGUUGUUUGUCCGCAUCCCGGGUGCUCCGUGGUUUUGAGGCGGGCGGAUUUGGAAUCGGGCGGCGAGCAUCACCAGCACUGCGGGGAGUGUGGGGAGGUGUUUGGAGGGCGCAGGGAGAGGGAGAAGCACGAGCGGGUUUUGCAUGGAGAAAUGGUGUGCGAAUGCGGACUCAUGGGCAAGGCUGCUGAAGUAGUAAGUGUGACAUUGUAA